AUCAUGAAUGUCCCGUUCUGCAAUCGACCAACUUUGUUCACACUGAAGCCUUGAUUGAUCCUUCUUUUCAUACUUCGAACAAGGACCAUACAUUUGGCCACCAGCAGGGCGAGUAGAAUGGAUCUUCGGGAUAUCGUCGGGGGGACACAAUAGGAGGGAAGUCUUCUUUAGGCAGCUCAUGCUACGACCAUCUACAGGAAUACUUAAGAACACUACGUGUUGGACGUUGACUGUGUUGUCAAACGCUGAAGGAAUGUUGAAGACAUUCAUUGGUUUCUUAGGCUUGGCUGUGGCUGCACUGUGUGCCAGCAGUAGCACCCUCCAGAACGUAGUCGUUCCGAAGGAUCAUCCGUUGAUUUUCUUCCAUGGACGCUGGGAUAAAUCGCCUGAGACCUGGUGGGCUGGUUCUGGUUUCAAGCUCCAUGUAGAAAAUUUACAGUCCCUUUCGUUAAGCUUGGGAAACCAUACCACUACUCCAUUGGCUUCUAUCGGCGUUUCUGUGGACUACGAACCAUUUGUCACUGUCAACGUCUCUGUCGGAACAAACACGAUUAUAUUUGAGAAAAGCCUCACCGGUGCAAAAGCUAAAAGCGUUGUACGAAUCAACGUAGAAGGCUGGCAGAAUAACAGAAUCAACCUGGAAAAUAUUAUUCUGAACCCUGGCGCUCGUUUGCUUCCAUACACGCCCUCGAGAUUGGCCUUUCAGUUCAUAGGAGAUUCUCUAUCUGCGGGACAAUUUCUUCCACAAGGCGUAGAUCAAGCAUGGCCGAUCCUGACCGGCGAGUACGUUAAAGCGGAACAUAUAGUGAACGCCCAAUCUGGCGCUGCCCUGACGGACAUUGUGUCCUUUGGUAAUCAACACGGUUUGUCGUUCCAAUUUUUCAGAACGGAGGACACAGGCUACUACUUUACAACCGACCAUAAUUUUACGACACCAUGGGAGUUCAGGCGUGAUGUUCCACCAGCGACGCACGUUGUGAUUCACAUAGGUGCGAAUGACUCGUCACAAAAUGUCACUCAAGCCGCUUUCAUUGAGACGUUCCUAAACUUCCUCUCUCGUCUUCGGACGAUCUAUCAUACACAGCCCAUCUUCGUUUUCACACCUUGGGGCUGGCUUAAUGCAGGUGGUACAGUCUCGCAGUACUAUCCCGAUGCUUACCAGCAGAUUGUGGAUGGGCGUCAUCGAUUAGGUGACAGGAAUGUGUUCCUCGUGAAUACAACAGGAUGGGUCACAUUCGCCGACGUCUUCCCCGAUAACCAACAUCCAAACGUCGCCGGCCAUGCGAAGAUCGCAGGACUGUUUGAGAAAUGGCUGGAGCAAUGGGGUUUGCAGCCAGAGAUCCUUUGGUCGACCCCAAUUUGACACUCUUCAUUCAGAGAGUUAUGACACCCUCAAGCAUACCGUCAUUUUUUUGUCUCGUACAUAGAAAGUAACGCAUUGACAACCAGUACACCGAUUACAAUCGGAACAUGGUAGACGUCGUGCAAGGGCGCUACUAGAACCCCCAUCCUUCCAGCGGUUGCGAACUCGGAGUCCGUUGUCGGAUCGGGAGUGCUCUCGAGUGGCUCUCAGUUCGAAGAAAGUCUAAAAGACGCU